AUGUUUUUUGUAUUAGCAUUGCUGGUGACGAUUUCAUUUGUAAUUUAUAAAGAACUCGGACGCUGGAAAAUACAACGAAAAUUGACUCAUACUCCAGGACCCAGGACGUUGCCGAUUAUUGGCAAUGGUCAUCAGAUGGGAAGUACGCCAAAAGAUUUAUUGAAUUUCCUGUUCGAUUCGUAUUACAAAUAUGGCAAUUUCCGGUUGUGGAUUGGUUACUUUCCCAAUAUUGUGGUUACGGAUAACAAGGAUAUGGAGUACAUCCUCUGCAGCAAUAGCCUCAUCGACAAAUCUGAUAUGUAUGAUAUAUUGAAAAUCUGGCUGGGAGAAGGUCUGGUCAAUAGCAACGGAUCGAAAUGGCAUAAACGUCGUAAAAUGAUCACGCCAUCAUUUCAUUUUAAAAUUUUACAAGAUUUCCAUAUUACGAUGACGGCAAAUGCUGGGAAAUUUGCCGAAAAGUUGAAAGAAGUUUCGCGAGAUGGUGCGGCAUUUGAUUUUCAAAAAUUGGUUCAUAAUUUGACAUUGGAUGUUAUGUGUGAAACGGCCAUGGGUGUACCCAUCAAUGCUAUGGAUAAUCCGCAUUCUGAUUUUGUGAAGGCAUUGGAUUUUAUUACAGAAAUCUGCCUGAUGCGAAUGUUCAAUCCGAUUAAGCGUAACAUGAACAUCUAUCAAUUCUUUCCGGAAUGUAAGAAGUUACACAAGGCUGUGGAUGUUUUCAAGGGUUUUACCUACAAUAUUAUCGAAAAACGCAUGCAAAUGCGUUUGGGGCAAAAUCUCCCCGACAGCUCAACAGAAUCUCAUGAUGUAUUUACAAAACAUCGACAUGCCUUUUUAGAUACGAUGCUCUCGGCCAACAUUGAUGGACGUCCAUUGACCCCUGAAGAGAUCUACGAAGAGGUUUCCACAUUUAUGUUUGCGGGUCAAGAUACCACCAGUUCCGCCUUGACUUUUGCCGUAUUUCUUCUUUCCCGCCACCCUGACGUGCAAAAGAAAGUUUUCGAAGAACAAAAACGAAUUAUGUUUGAUGACUUACAGCGUGAUGCUACUUUUCAGGAGCUGAGCGAAAUGAAAUAUAUGGAUAUGGUACUAAAGGAGACCCUGAGGAUUUAUCCCAGUGUGCCACUGGUGGCCCGUGCUGUACAGGAGGAUAUUACCAUGAACGGCAAAUUCGUACCCAAAGGCACCACUUUACUUCUCUUCCUCAUGUCAUUGGGCUACAAUGAACGUAACUUCCCCGAUCCCUAUCGCUUUGAUCCAGAGCGUUUCAACAGCCUUCAUGAACGUGCCAGUGGCUACAAUCCCUUUGAGAGUGUGCCCUUCAGUGCUGGUCCACGAAAUUGUGUGGGCCAGAAAUAUGCAAUUUUGGAAUUUAAAACCGUGCUCUCGAAAAUUGUUCGGCAAUUUGAAAUGCUGCCUGCAAUGGAUGAAUUGGUAUCGCAGGAUGGUUAUGUUUCGACCUAUUUUGGACCCCAUAAGAAAUUGGGGAGCGGGAGAGCAUCUCAAUAUGAACCGAUAUUGUCAACCGUUUUAACCCUUAAAUCUGCAAAUGGGGUUUAUAUACGUUUAAAGGAGAGAAAAUAA